GGAGUCCUCCGGAGAGGCCGAGGGCCCGGCUUCCACGGUGGCUUCAGCGGCCUGGUUGGGGCUUUCAUUAUUAUUUUCAAAUUCCUGAAUUCAGCUAGAGCUAGAGCGCGAGAGAUCUCCGUAGACUGCGACUCGCUGGCUCUAGCUCCGAGACGAUGCAGAGCGCGGCUGUCCCCGCGGAGGGGACUGUCAAGGGGCUCCCGGAGAUGCUCGGUGUGCCGAUGCAACAGAUCCCCCAGUGUGCUGGCUGCAACCAGCAUAUUCUGGACAAGUUCAUCCUGAAGGUUCUGGACAGACACUGGCACAGCUCCUGUCUCAAGUGUGCAGACUGCCAGAUGCAGCUGGCUGACAGGUGCUUCUCCAGGGCCGGGAGUGUCUACUGCAAGGAGGAUUUCUUCAAGCGCUUUGGCACAAAAUGCACAGCCUGCCAGCAGGGCAUCCCCCCGACCCAGGUGGUGCGCAAGGCCCAGGACUUCGUCUACCACCUGCACUGCUUUGCCUGCAUCAUCUGUAACCGGCAGCUGGCCACAGGUGACGAGUUCUACCUCAUGGAGGAUGGACGGCUGGUGUGCAAGGAAGACUAUGAGACAGCCAAGCAGAACGAUGACUCGGAAGCAGGUGCGAAGCGGCCCCGGACCACCAUCACAGCGAAGCAGCUGGAGACGUUGAAGAACGCUUACAAGAACUCCCCCAAGCCUGCCCGGCAUGUCAGGGAGCAGCUUUCCUCAGAGACAGGCCUGGACAUGAGGGUCGUACAGGUUUGGUUUCAGAACAGAAGGGCCAAGGAGAAGCGGCUGAAGAAGGACGCAGGGCGGCACCGCUGGGGGCAGUUCUAUAAGAGCGUCAAGAGGAGCCGGGGAGGCAGCAAGCAGGAGAAGGAGAGUUCUGCAGAGGACUGUGGGGUUAGUGACAGUGAGCUGAGCUUCCGAGAGGAUCAAAUUCUCUCAGAACUUGGCCACACCAAUAGGAUUUAUGGCAACGUGGGGGACGUUACAGGCGGACAGUUAAUGAAUGGGAGCUUCUCCAUGGACGGGACAGGACAAUCCUAUCAGGACUUGAGGGAUGGGAGCCCCUAUGGAAUCCCCCAGUCUCCAUCCUCCACAUCGUCCCUGCCAUCUCACGCUCCUUUGCUCAAUGGGCUGGAUUACACGGUGGACAGUAAUCUGGGCAUCAUUGCUCAUGCAGGGCAGGGAGUGAGCCAGACGCUGAGAGCCAUGGCUGGGGGACCCACCUCUGACAUCUCCACAGGAAGCAGUGUAGGCUACCCCGACUUUCCAACUAGCCCAGCCUCCUGGCUCGAUGAAAUGGAUCAUCCUCCUUUUUAAACUUCUCUCCUCCCCACCCUACCUGUCCUCCUGGCUUGAGAGAAUAUCUUCAAGGAUCAAAAGAGACUUGCCUUUUAAGGAUCAAAAGUGCGCCAAUGUGAAUUUCCAUUAUUUUCAAUGGAAAUCCUCCGCGGAUUCCUAGAAGGCUGUGAGACCACACUAGGGCAUUGUUUUCUUGGGGAGCUGGUGGGAGAGCAGCCUCAGCUCACAACACAGCCCAGGGGUAUAGCCUAGAGCUCUAGGGAUGCUGGCUUGUGGGCUCUCUCCCCUCCUGCCCUGCUUAGAGGCUUUGGCUGCUCAGUGCUUUGGUAGCAUGAGGUGACUGUGACAGGCUCCCUUGGCCUUCGGGAACUCUGUUCCAACUGGUGCAUCUCACACGAUGCCUCCCAAACCACUGGUCUCUGCAGAACCAAGAUUCCUGAGGUAGAGGCAUCAUGGCCCUUGAGUAUAAUAAAAUAAUUUCUGGACUCUCCUUAUUGAACCCUGAUUUUCAAAAUAAAAAAGUUAGUUACUAAAGGUCUUUAAUGGCCACAGUUUGAUA